UCCCGGUCCCCCCAGCCUCGGCCGGGGCCUGUCGCUGCCUGACUCCAGUUGCCCUCGGGAAGGACGGUGCACCCGCGACCCGUCGGGGGAGCACGACCACUCCGCGGGAAUUCAGGGGCCGAGUCCACGAGACGGCCCACGCGGGACAGGUUUUUGGAUGAGAAAGAGCUGACAGGAGCCGAGCCCCACCUUUUCUGUGUGCUGGGGAUCAGGGCGACGCAGCCCCAGCGGUACCCAUGCCGAAGAACAGCAAGGUGACCCAGCGUGAACACAGCAAUGAGCAUGUCACUGAGUCAGUGGCUGAUUUGCUGGCCCUCGAGGAGCCUGUGGACUAUAAGCAGAGUGUACUGAAUGUGGCCGGCGAGACAGGUGGCAAGCAGAAGGCGGCGGAGGAGGAGCUGGACGCAGAGGACCGGCCGGCCUGGAAUAGCAAGCUGCAGUACAUCCUGGCCCAGAUUGGCUUUUCUGUGGGCCUUGGCAACAUCUGGAGGUUCCCCUACCUGUGCCAGAAAAAUGGAGGAGGCGCCUACCUGGUGCCCUACCUGGUGCUGCUGAUCAUCAUUGGCAUCCCCCUUUUCUUUCUGGAGCUGGCUGUGGGCCAGAGGAUCCGCCGUGGCAGCAUUGGUGUGUGGCACUACGUGUGCCCCCGCCUAGGGGGCAUCGGCUUUUCCAGCUGUAUUGUCUGUCUCUUUGUUGGGCUGUACUACAAUGUGAUCAUUGGGUGGAGCGUCUUCUAUUUCUUCAAAUCUUUCCAGUACCCGCUGCCGUGGAGUGAAUGUCCCGUCAUCAGGAAUGGGACCCAGGCAGUCGUGGAGCCUGAGUGUGAGAAGAGCUCAGCCACUACCUACUUCUGGUAUCGAGAGGCCUUGGACAUCUCCAACUCCAUCUCAGAGAGUGGAGGCCUCAACUGGAAGAUGACGCUCUGCCUCCUGGUGGCCUGGAGCAUCGUGGGCAUGGCUGUAGUCAAGGGCAUCCAGUCCUCUGGAAAGGUAAUGUAUUUCAGCUCCCUCUUUCCUUAUGUGGUGUUGGCCUGCUUCCUGGUCCGGGGGCUGCUGCUGCGAGGGGCGGUCGAUGGCAUCCUGCACAUGUUCACUCCUAAGCUGGACAAGAUGCUGGACCCCCAGGUGUGGCGGGAGGCAGCCACACAGGUCUUCUUCGCCCUGGGGCUGGGCUUUGGAGGCGUCAUCGCCUUCUCAAGCUACAACAAACAGGACAAUAACUGCCACUUCGAUGCUGCCCUGGUGUCCUUCAUCAACUUCUUCACCUCGGUGUUGGCUACCCUCGUGGUGUUUGCCGUGCUGGGCUUCAAAGCCAACAUCAUGAAUGAGAAGUGUGUGGUCGAGAAUGCUGAGAAAAUUCUAGGGUACCUCAACUCCAAUGUCUUGAGCCGGGAUCUCAUUCCACCCCAUGUCAACUUCUCACACCUGACCACCAAGGACUACUCAGAGAUGUACAAUGUCAUCAUGACUGUUAAGGAGAACCAGUUCUCAGCUCUGGGCCUGGAUCCCUGCCUCCUGGAGGAUGAGCUGGAUAAGUCUGUGCAGGGCACAGGCCUGGCCUUCAUCGCCUUCACUGAGGCCAUGACACAUUUCCCGGCCUCCCCCUUCUGGUCCGUCAUGUUCUUCCUGAUGCUUAUCAACCUGGGCCUGGGCAGCAUGAUCGGGACCAUGGCAGGAAUCACCACACCUAUCAUCGACACCUUCAAGGUGCCCAAGGAGAUGUUCACAGUGGGCUGCUGUGUCUUUGCAUUCUUCGUGGGGCUGUUGUUCGUCCAGCGCUCCGGAAACUACUUUGUCACCAUGUUUGACGACUACUCGGCCACUCUGCCACUCACCGUCAUCGUCAUCCUUGAGAACAUCGCUGUGGCCUGGAUUUACGGAACCAAGAAGUUUAUGCAGGAGCUCACCGAGAUGCUUGGCUUCCGGCCGUAUCGGUUCUAUUUCUACAUGUGGAAGUUUGUGUCUCCACUGUGCAUGGCUGUUCUCACCACAGCCAGCAUCAUCCAGCUGGGGGUAUCACCCCCGGGCUAUAGUGCCUGGAUUAAGGAGGAGGCUGCUGAGCGCUACUUGUACUUUCCCAAUUGGGCCAUGGCACUGCUGAUCAUCCUCAUUGCGGUGGCAACCCUGCCCAUCCCUGUGGUGUUCAUCCUGCGGCACUUCCACCUGCUCUCCGAUGGCUCCAACACCCUCUCCGUGUCCUACAAGAAGGGCCGUAUGAUGAAGGACAUCUCCAAUCUGGAGGAAAACGAUGAGACCCGCUUCAUCCUCAGCAAGGUGCCCAGUGAGGCGCCCUCCCCCAUGCCCACCCACCGCUCCUAUCUGGGGCCUGGCAGCACAUCCCCCUUGGAGACAAGCGGCAAUCCCAACGGACGCUAUGGAAGUGGGUACCUCUUGGCUACCACCCCUGAGUCAGAGCUGUGAGCACAGCUCCACCGUCCCUGCCUCCCCUCAAUACCCAACCUGCCCACUUGGUCUGGGCCUGGCCUCUUCCUUUAUGGUGGCCACCAGACCCAGGCCAGUCCAAGGAGAGAAGAUCUGCCCUGCCUCAUUCCCCACCCGAGUCCCUACCUAUGAUCA